AUGUCCACCAUCAAGUCAUACUUCCGCAAGCAUAAUCCCAAACUCCCAUCCUACAUUGCAAACGACAAUGCAUCAAACAUCGGCGAGAACGACGGCGUCUACAACAAAGCCGGUCGAGGGAUGCCUGACGUAUCUGCCAACGGACUUACCUUGGCCAGCUUCAUCAAUGGAACGCAGGAUUGCAGUGAUGGGCCUCAGAUUGGUACCUCGAUCUGGGCGGCUGUUGUGACUUUGAUCAAUCAGCAGCGAACAAAGGCAGGGAAGGGACCUGUUGGUUUCAUUAAUCCUGCGCUUUACGCUAAUCCUUGGAUGAUGAAUGAAACUGUUGGAGGGUCUAAUGCCAAUUGUGGCAGUGCCUGGUUUGAAGCGGUGCCGGUUGAGGAUCCUGUGAGUGGUCUUGGAACGCCCAAAUAUCCUAAGCUGGUCAAAUACUUUUUGAGCUGCAAAUGA